AUGAACUCCUCCAGGAAGUUUGCUGUUUUGCUGGUCGCCAUGACGCUCUUAGUCAUUCAGGGCAACUGUCGGAGCCUUCCAGCCCCUCAAAGUGGUUUUGACGACGCCAUUUUAGGAGGUCUCCUUAGUGACAAUGGUAUUUUAGGGGGUGUCCUGGGCGGUGAUGGCCUUAUGGGGGGUCUCCUUGGUGAGGGUGUCCUUGGCGAGGAUGGCCUUAUGGGGGGUCUCCUUGAUGAAAAAGGUAUUUUAGGGGGUGUCCUUGGCGAGGAUGGCCUUAUAGGGGGUCUCCUUGGUGAAAAAGGUAUUGUAGGGGGUGUCCUUGGCGAGGAUGGCCUUAUAGGGGGUCUCCUUGGUGAAAAAGGUAUUGUAGGGGGUGUCCUUGGCGACGAUGACCUUUCGGCCGGUCUCUUAGACGGGGAUGGCCUUUAG